AUGCAACGACAACCUGAGAAACCAAAAAGAGUUCGAGCAGACUCAUCUAUGUCUCGAGCUUCUCCAAGUACUCAAAGAUUAGAAGCUGCUAAAGCUCGCGUCGGUAGCAGAUCGAAAUCUGUGGCCGCUGAAGAAGUUAAAGUAAGUAGUUUUGAAAAUAGUAUAUUUUUCCGAAAAAAAACCCGGAAACUGCUGGUUUCAGGGGUUUUUGACACAUUUUUGACGUUUUGAUUGAUUAAUUUUUAUUUGAUAUGAUUGAUUCCACUUUAAAAAGAAAAUUGUUUUCAAGAAAUCAUUCAUAUAAUCUAGUAACAACAUAUUUCCACAUACAUACAUAUCUAAAUAAAAAUGCCUGGUCGUAAAAAAUCCAUGAAAACCGCUAAACUAUACCAAGUCCAGUUAGUAAUCGGUCAACCAUCUCUGCAUUUUUUCUCCCCUUCAAAACAAUUUGAAUAGACAGGCAAGACCAAUUAAAAAAUAACCAAAAACUUUACCCACCAUUUCAUUUAUUAUACUACUAGGCUAAUCCAAAAUUGUUGCAAAACUUGUGAGCUUGUCGUUUAUUUGUUUGUCAACAUUUUUGACAGGAUUUCAAUUGUCCUCUCUCCUUAUCUUUUUACCUCUACUUAUCUUUUUCCUGUUGUGAGAAGAAAUAUAUUACAAAAUAUUUUUUUCACGCUAAUUUUUUUUCGAAAAAUAUUGAAAAUGAUUAUGAUUUAUGAGGUUUGUGUUCUUCUGAAAAGGUUAUCUUUAUUUUUGAGACGGUUUUCAGUUUUAUAUUUUCCAGGAAAAAAUGUCUGAAAGCGAAUACAAGAGUUCGAUUACAAUGCGUCCAACAUUCAACAGGACUUUGCAUUCUCAAUCCACCACAACUUAUGGAAGCACCAUUUGUUAGUUUUUUCUUUACAAAAUAACAUUUUGUUGAAUCCAUUUGAAAAUGGUCCUAUGAGACAGAGCUUAUCAGCUCGAUUCAACGACACAAAAAUUUAUAAAACAUAGUAAUGUUUUUUGGGUCGAGAACAGUUUCAAAAAACAAGUUAUCUUGUCAAAAAAUACAAUUUUUAGCCAAAUGUUUUUUUCAGCAACUGGAACUAGUCGAACAAUCAAGUUCAGUGAAAUGGGAGGAUCUGGUUUGACCUCAGCUUCACCAUUUGGUGGACAUGCUGCAUCUGCAAUUCGUGAAUCAAGAGCCCGUGAGAAAAAGGAAAUGAGUGAACUCAAUGAUCGAUUGGCGAGUUAUAUCGAAAAAGUUCGUUUCCUUGAAGCUCAAAAUCGUAAAAUGGAGAAAGAUUUGGAUUUGUUGCGUGGAAAAUGGGGACAUGAUUCGACAAGUGUUAAAGUUAUGUUUGAAUCCGAAUUGAAAAGUGCGAAAGAAUUGAUAAAUGACUCUGAAAAGGAACGAGGAGAUUUGGAAGAUCAGAUCAGAAAAUUGACUGCGGAAUUGAAUAAUUAUCGGAACAAAUUGCAUGAAGCUGAAAGAGGACACGAUUUGACAAAAAAAGAGUUGGAUGAUGUUUUGAUCAAAUUGGGAGCCUUGGAAAGCGAGAUUGAAUUGUUGAAAAGAAGAUUGAGUUUGAUUGAAGACAGUGUUUCUCAUCUUAAACGGGAGAAUCAUCGAAUGAUUUCUGAACUUCAACACGCUCGAAAUGCCGUUGAACAAGAAACUUUGAAUCGUAUUGAUUAUCAAAACCAAGUUCAAACUCUUCUUGAAGAAUGCGAUUUCAUCAAACGUGUUCACGAUUCGGAAAUUCAUGAUCUUCUUGCGAUGGCUUCUCGUGAUACAACCAUCGAAAAUCGUGAAUAUUUCAAAAACGAACUUUCAUCUGCGAUCAGAGAUAUUCGUUCAGAAUAUGAUCAAGUUAGCAAUGUUCAUCGUACUGAUAUUGAAUCAUGGUACAAAUUAAAAGUUCAAGAAAUUCAUACACAAGCUUCAAGAAAUACUUUGGAACAAAACUACGCAAAAGUAAGUUAACUGAUACUUUGAAUGAAACAAUGAUUUGUUUGUUUCAGGAAGAAGUUAAGAGACUUCGAACAACUUUGGGUGAAAUGCGCGGAAAGAUGGCAGAUCUUGAGGGUCGCAAUUUGUUGCUUGAAAAACAAGUGGAAGACUUGAACUAUCAAAGUGAGGAAGAUAUGAGAACUUAUGAAAUGUCAUUGAAUGACAAGGAUUCGAAUAUUAACAAGAUGAGAGAUGAGAGCAAGAUUUUGAUGGUUGAAUUGCAAAUGUUGAUUGAUACCAAACAGGUGAGUUUGAUAAAUAUUUGAACUCGGGAAUGAUUGGAAAAUUUCCCAUCAUUUUCUUUCAUCAAUUCUAGAGUUAGUGAAAAGUGAAUUGUGAACAAUAACUUUUUGAAUCCGUUUUUAUUUUUCACUCCAGUGGAAAAAUUGUCAUCAAUCAAGAUUUUUUGAAGAAUUUCCCGGAAACAUUCUUGAUCAUACUUAAAAAUUUAAAAUUUAUUUUUUUGCAGACCCUUGAUGCUGAAAUCGCAAUUUAUCGCAAAAUGUUGGAAGGUGAAGAAAAUCGCGCCGGUCUUCGUCAACUUGUUGAGCAAGUCGUCAAAACAACAUCUCUAUCACAAUCAAAGGAACAUGGUAAGUAGUGAAACUGGUUAUUUCUUUUACUUUUAUUUUUUUCAAAAAAAAACAACAAACAAAUUCUUUCUUGUCAUCUGAUUGGGUGUGUCUAAUUUCUGAUUUCUUCUAUUUUACUCCUAUCAUUUUGAAACAUUUAUUUUUUCAAAAUUGGUGAAAAAUGCCAGAACUUAUCAAUUCUCUCUACCAAACUGUUACUUUUGAUGAUGUUCCGCACACACAUUAUUUAGUUGGGGAUAAAAUCCGCAGAAAACCAUAUGGUACUAAAAUUCAAUCCUUGGGGAUUUUUUUUAGAUAAUGUAUUUUUAUUUUCAGAGAGUCUCCGUGUGUUGAAGGGUGAGACAACAAGUCAUUCGUCCUAUUCAAGAUCAGCCAAAGGAAAUGUCAGCAUUCAGGUUAGUUGCUUUCCCAUUGUUUUUAGCAAAAUGUUAAAUAUUUCAGGAAGUCUCGCCUGAUGGAAAAUUCAUCAUCAUCGAAAACAUUUCUCGCAAAGAUGAGGCUAUUGGAGAUUGGAAACUUCGUAGAAAAAUUGCCGGAAAGCGAGAAAUCGUCUUUACAUUCCCCCGAGAUUUUGUGCUCCGCCCUCAAAAAACUGUGAAAAUCUUUGCACGUGGUCAAGGAAUCAAUUCACCUCCAGAUAGUUUGGUCUACGACGGAGAAGAUUCAUUCGGAACUGGUUCUGAUGUUCAAACCACAUUGUACAACAAGGAUGGUGAAGAGCGUGCUUCACACAGUCAAAGAGCAUCGCAUGCUUAA